AUGUUGUUUUUCUAUCCUUUUUUUUUGGUGCUUAAACAAAUUCAAACCUCCUCCACCAAUCUCGGUCAGACCUAUUCCUUGAACGGCCAGCACCACCUGGACAGGCAGCAUGGGCCUAGUGGACGUCGAGUGCUGCGCCGCGCGGGGUUUUCGGUGCAUUCCAACCUGGAUCUCGAUGUCUCGGUGCCGGAUUCGGACCUUGAGGCAGGAGUGCCCUGGCUCCUUGCAGCCGGCGCUUUGUUGGGUCUGCGACAGCUGAAAGCCCUCAUCGACGGUCCGGAGGAGUUCCAGCUGCAGCCGGGCUCGCUGCAAAACCGGACCGUGCUGAUCACAGGCGGCUCCUCUGGUCUGGGUUUUGAGUCCGCUUUGCGCCUCGCUGAGGCCGGUGCUCGCGUCUUGGUGACCUGCCGCAGCGGGGAGGAGCAGCUGUUGUCGUCCCUGCGAAAGGAGCUGGACACGGAGGAGAUGGAGGUGCUGAGACUGGACCUAGCGAACCUGCAAAGUAUUCGGGACUUCGCCAGUCAAUGUGAGCACCUGCUCGCAGGGACGGGCCUCGACGUGGUCAUCUGCAACGCGGGAGUCAUGGCUGUACCGCAGCGCUGCCUCACCUUGGAUGGCUUCGAAAUGCAGUUGGGUGUGAACCACCUGGGCCACUUCGCCCUCUGCGGUCAUCUGCUACCUCUCCUGGGCCGCGGUGGGCGCAGUGCGCGGGUGGUCUGCGUGUCCAGCCUGGCGCAUCGCUUGGGCUCCGCGGACAGGCUUCUCCAGGAGCUCGAGUCCCCAGAUGUGGCUCUGGCGUCUUACAAUGCCUGGGCGGCAUAUAGCGACUCCAAGUUGGCCAACGUGAUGUUUGCCAAGGAGUUGGACCGUCGCUUCCGGGCCGCUGGGACCAAGGCGUCAGCGGUGUCGCUGCAUCCAGGCCUUUGCGCCACAGACCUGGCGCGCUAUGUGGUCUCUGGGAAGGACGAACCUUUGGAGGUGACGCUCGACGGGACACGUGGACGGAGAUUUUGCACGGCAAAAAAAGGGGGCAGGUGA